CCCAUAUUAACCGCAAGGGGAACAACAUCUCACUUUUCUUCACAAUCUCCACUGAACUCUCAUUACGACACGCAAUUUAUCCUCAUCAUUCACUGAAUUCAUGAUUUAACGGUGUGACAGUAAAGCCACGAUGAGGCCUGUAGCUCAACUGCUCCACAACAAGUUUGUUGUGGUGUUAGGAGACUCAAUCCAGCGCUCAGUGUACAAGGAUUUAGUCUUAAUCCUGCAGAGAGACUCAUAUUUAAGCUUAUCUCAGUUAAAAAACAAGGGUGAGGUUUCGUUUGAGCAGGAUUGCCUGGUGGAAGGCGGUCGGUUGGGUCAGAUGAAUAACGGCACUGCGUACAGAGAAGUGAGACAGUACCGUACUGAUCACCACUUGGUCCGCUUCUAUUUUGUGACGCAAGUUUUCUCCCGAUAUAUGGAGAGUAUCCUAGCUGACUUUGAACAGGGCAUUAAACCAGACCUGGUUAUAGUGAACUCUUGUGUGUGGGAUAUAUCCAGGUACAGCCGUCAAUGGGCUUCAGAGUACAAGGAGAACCUUAACAAGUUCUUCAGGAAGUUAAAGGCCAUUUUGCCUGAAGAGAGCCUGGUUGUGUGGAACAUGACAAUGCCUCUGGGAAAGAAGAUUGUGGGAGGUUUCCUGGUCCCAGAGAUUCAGCACAUGGGUCCCACAUUAAGAUUCGAUGUGAUCGAGGCGAAUUACUUUGGAGCCACUCUUGCCAAUAAUUUUGGCUUCGACGUGCUGGACUUACACUUCCAGUUUCGUUUCAGCCUGCAGCACAGGAUGCAUGAUGGUGUGCACUGGAAUUCUGUCGCCCAUCGCAAAAUCACAUGCCUCAUCCUGGAGCAUGUGGCUCAGGCGUGGGGAGUGGAACUGCCAAAACUUGACCAGAUUAAUGCAGAUACUCACCCACCAUUACGUGAGAACCAUAGCUGGCAAACAGCUACUUCAAGUGCUCCUGCUCGCUAUCAAGGAUCGUAUAGCAACCAGAGAUGCUUUUAUCCACCAGUGAUGCCCGCCACCCACUACAACAAUGGUCUGGUCUGGACACAGGGCCAAAGGAUGAGGCAGUUCAGUGGCUUCGGUUCACAGUAUAGCAAUGAUGAUCUGCCUCCCGACCUGACAGGUUACCAGAGCUUUGAAAGGGAAGCCUUCUACAGAGGUGCUAAUAAUGCUGCCCCCUACUGGCCAGUGAACAACUUGGUCAUGAAGCAGAAACGCAGAAAACCACGAAAGCGAGAGAGACGGCAUCCCUACAGAUAUUAAAUCCAUAAAGACAAAAUCUCAUUGUGUAUGACUGUAAUACACAACACUGUUGCAAAAUCUCAUCCUCCA